AUGUCGGAUGCACGGAAUACUUCGACCUCGUCGGGUCAGAGCGAGUCUUUUGGCAACGGGCUACCAACAGCACUGCAAUCAACGAAUUCAGAGAAUGUGAUACCAGCCCUCGAUUUGCAAGAUGAGAAACCGAUCGCAUCAGGAAAUGGCGUUUCUUGCGCCAUCCACUUGGCAGAGCCGGUGCUUUUUCUGCAGGGCUUCGAGAACACGGAGAGCUCUCCAGGCAACACUGCCAUGCUCAGAGGCAGUCUGCAUCUGCGAGUUGCAAAGAGUGCCAAGAUCAAAGCGAUCAAUUUGAAGUUCAGAGGCCGAUCUAUCACGAGGUGGCCCGAAGGUAUCCCACCGCGGAAGAUUGAGUUCGAAGAGACUGACAGCUUCAUGGGCCAUGUAUGGGCUUUCUUCAAUGCACAACACGAGUACGCCGAAAGAGGAACGAAUGCAGACCACGUUCAGCUCUUCAGAAGUGCUGAAACUGGAUCGGCUAACGGGACCCGUGCGGAUCCGCUUGGACGGUCGUCACCAAACUCAUCCUCUGUCAAUCUGUCAGCUAAGGAGACGAAGAAGCUUGCGCUUGCUGUCAAUCAGUCACGCAGCUUCAGUAAAAGCGAUCCUGUACCUGGUCAGCAAAGUGUUGCGGCGAAGGGCUACCGCACGUUCCUUCCCGGUGACUACAUCUACAACUUCGAAUACCCACUUGACAGCCGGUUACCAGAGACUAUCGACGUCGAACUGGGCUCGGUCAAAUACGAGCUCGAAGCUGAAGUCAUUCGGUCCGGCGCUUUCAGAGGCAACUUGAACGGGUCGAAAGAGGUCAUGAUCAUACGCGCUCCCGCCGAAGGUUCACUGGAGCAAGUUGAGCCAAUUGCUAUCAGCAGAAACUGGGAAGACCAACUGCAUUACGACAUUGUGAUCUCUGGGAAGAGCUUUCCACUGGGGACUCAAGUACCCAUAGCCUUCAAGCUCACGCCGCUGGCGAAGGUGCAGUGCCAUCGUAUCAAGGUGCUGGUCACGGAGAAUAUCGAGUACUUCUGCAGCAACAAGAGGGUUCACCGUAUGGAGCCGACUCGGAAAGUGCAACUGUUCGAGAAACGAGCAGACGGACCGCCAAUCAGCACUUUCCCAGGCAGCACUAUGCGAGUCACGGCUGGCGGUGGCAUUCCGUAUGAUGCGAGAGCGCGAGCUGCACGGGGCGAGGAAGUGGUGCCCAACGAUACCACGAACAUGCUGGGCAACCUCGAAGGCGAUACGAAUAUUGGGCCGACGGAAAUGGAGUUCAAUGUGCAAUUGCCGAGCUGCCAUAACAUGAAGGAGCGUGAGCGGAGUCAGAGAUUGCAUUUUGAUACUACCUACCAGAACAUCCAGGUGCACCACUGGAUCAAGAUUGUUAUGCGCUUGUCAAAGCCAGAUGCGAACGACCCAGGCAAGCGGAGGCACUUCGAGAUUUCCAUCGACUCGCCCUUCCAUAUCCUCUCCUGCCGCGCAACACAAGCCAACAUCUCGUUGCCCGCAUAUAGCACCCCACAAACAAGCAGCGGCGAGGCUUCGCUGUACGAGUGCGGGUGUCCCGGCGCAAUUCGGCGGCGCAACUCGCCAACUUCAUUCGUACCCACACUCAACGCACUCAACGCUGCACGAACAGGGCAACCAGAUGGCGACCGGCCAACGACCCCUACCAUGCAAGCACCUGCACUUGCGCGACCACAGCAAGCACACGUGCACGGCUCGGCGCACGAGGGACAAAGACCCAUACAUCUUCUGCGAGCACCUUCCUUCAACCCGCCCGCCUUCGAGGACGAACAGCCUCCGCCGCCGCUCAUCACGCCGCCGCCGCAGUAUAAUGACAUUGCCAGUCCGACUCACGGACUUACUGAUUACUUUGCUCGCUUGAGUGAUGCUUACGACUCUGAUGAGGGUGACGAAAUUGCUCGCGCGGGUAGGGUGAACGUACCGCUUACGCCUGGUGGCCGAAUCAAUAGAAGUAUGGAUCUUGGACGCUCGUGGGUGCCAGUUGGCGGCCACUAG